UUCUAAACGCUCCGUUUCAUUUAUUUGGCUACCGUUUGGUUUGUCUAAGGAUUGGGCUUAAGUUUUCGUUUUCGGCCCCGCGACCACCUUGCUAUGCGCUAACCGUAAUCUGUGGGGAUGAAAACUGUGUGUUCUUCGUUACUCUUCAUUCGGGGAGACGGUGACGAUCGAGUGUCCUCGAUGUUUCUGUAACAGAUCACGUUAUGAUUUCUACGUCUUUAAUCUCAUUAAUCAUAUGCACACUACGAGUUCUUCAGUUUGUUGUUUCCAUCAGCGAUAUAAAUGGGUUAGUAUGUCUCUGGAAAUCGCGAUCUCUUCAUCUCUCUCACGCUCAUCUCUUAUAAUCAACUGACAGCCGAGCAGAUGGCCGAGUUCAAGGAAGCCAUUAGCCUCUUCGACAAAGACGACGAUGGUUAAAUUAUCUUUCUCAGUUUCUUUUAUCUGUAGAAUUUUACAUUUUCUAAAUCUCGCUUUGAUCGAUGUCGAUAAUCUUUAUCGCUUCAGAUUCGCCCUAUUCUGAUAUGCUGUGUUUGAUUUUUGUUUUUUUCUUCAGUGACUGUUGUUUUGUUUGUUCGAUUUGUUCGCUUGGAUCUGGAUUUUUUUUUUUCGUUUCAUACAUGUUGGUCUUUGAAUCUUUAUUCGAUCUGUAGAAGCGUCAAUGUGUUUGCGUGAUCAAAUGAGACAGAGAUCUCAGUGAUUUAAAAUGUAUUGCUCUCUUGAUUGUGGUUUCCACAGGUUGCACCACUACCAAAGAGCUGGGAACUGUUAUGCGUUCUCUAGGACAAAACACAACAGAGGCCGAGCUACAAGACGUGUGAUCAACGAGUCGACGCAGAUGGAAACGGCACCAUCGACUUAAUCUCACAAUGAGGGACAUGGCGAAAGAAAAUGACAAGCUCCAUGAUGAAUUUGCAUCUACUUUCUCCACAUCGGAUGUCAAUGACUCGCUGAUGCAAGACCGUGAGAACAAAGAAGCAACAUAUGCUAUAGUGGAGACUUCAAUGAAGCAGGUCACGUUAUUGCAAGAGAAACAUGGACAAGCUGUAUCAAACAUUAGAGACAAAGCAGAACAGUCUCUCAUAAAAGACUAUCAGCUUGAUCAGCGCAACAACGAGACGCCAAAAAAACUAGCUAUAAUCGUGCCGAGCUUGGCGUCGAUUGAGGAGAUGAGGACUUUGUUUCCGAAUAAUAUUCUGAGUGAAGAUGCCUCAAGCAUGGAGAAGAGAUCAGCUAAACAUGGACAAGACGAAGCUAACAACAAAACUCCAUUCUUGGAAGUGAACAUAUGAUUAUUGAUUAGAUAAAAGAGGUGCCCGCUCUGGCAGUUGAGUUCAUCAACUGGCUGAGUUUAGCAGAGUAUGAGUGUGUAAAGAUGACAUGCGACUGUAGUACGCAAGCUUAUUUUGUUCUGGAUUAGCUUGUUGCCUACCGGUUAAAUUUGGUUAAUCUUCUCAUUUGAAUAAACCAAAUAUGAAAAAGAAAAGUAAAUAGAGAGACAAACAAAAAAAACAGCCGAGACUUUGUUUGCUCCUCAAAAAAAUAAAAAUAAAGUCAAAGUAAGCACAUCUAUGUGAACUACCACUUACUUUGCUUUGAUGUGCUCAUCUUUGACUUUGAAUAUACAACUAUACUUCAUUGAUCGUCUCCAUUUUUAAUAAUCAUCGUUCUUUGAAUAUACAACUAUACUUCAUUGAUCGUCUCCAUUUUUAAUAAUCAUCGUUCAUCACAUUCACAUCCUAGCCAUUGACCCUAUGGAAUCGUUCUUACUGAUAUUAUCUUGACAUAAUAUGACCAAUGACAAUAUAAUAUGGCCUAACGUAGUAACAAUAGUUAUAUCUUAUUAUUCACAGCCAUGAAAUAAAGCAUCUAGACUCUACACAAGCUCCACCCAAGAAAUCAUAUGAAAUAUGAAUGCCAUAUACCAUGUCAUGGACUAUGAGAAUAUGGAAAGGUAGGCAUUUAAGUUUAUUUAUAUGAAAAAUGAAAAACAUGAAACAAUGUCUAGAGUGAUUAACCCAAGAACAACUUAAUUAUGUAAAUAUGUUUAUUUUUAAAUAAUAAAAAAUUUAUAUUAAAAAUUUAUUCUAACUAUUUAAAUUAGCUUUUAUUAUUCAUCCCGUCCGUAAGGUUCUUAAAAAGUAAAAUUAACAGAAUUUCCACACUCAUAUAAUUUGGAUAAGAUCGUAAUCCAAACUUAAUAAUUGAACUGAAUAGCGAUAGACGGAUACUUGCACGCACGCAAGUUACGCGUGAAGCAGUGUUUACGGGAAUUGAUUGUUAAAUAGUUUGAAGUUGUUUAACCAAUAGCGUUUUCAUGAAUUAUUUAUUUUGAAACAAACCUUCUGUUAUCCCACUUUUGGCAUAAACUCAAUACACACUUCUAUAUAUAUAAAAGAGUGUUUCCUUCACUCAUAGGCUGUCCACGUAAGCGGACAAGUCACUAAUUCGUGCGAUGUCGUGCUGACACUUGUCCCCGAACAAAAAUGCGUUGUUUCAUUUAAGUUUGUUAUGGCGUGGGCUUUUGAUCGUAAAGUUUCCGUCUAUGCUAUUAGGCUUAAUUCAGAGUGUGUUGUCGGCCCAAUCAGACAAUACUUCUCGCAAACCCUAAUCCACCGUAUACGUGAAAACAUGUUUGUUCUUCGUUUCUGUUUGUUCGGCGGCGACGGUGACGAUCGAGUUUCCUUGCUGUCUCGAAACGGAUUGCGUUAUGGAUUCUAUGUGUUUAAUCCCAUUAAAAACGUUGAUGAUCUAGCUUCCUCAUGGUUUAUGAAACGGAUUGUGUCGGUAAGGCGGUGAGCUUUUCGGUAUAAAUAUAUCAGCAUUUCUCUUCUGGAAAUCGUGUUCUCUUCAUUCAUCUUCUAUUCAUAAGGCGUGGGAAGGUUUCACGACGACCGCUGAUCUGAUUGCUAAGCAGUAGAUUUGGGCUGCGGUUGAUCCUUACACCAAGAGCGAAUUUUGUUUUGUCUUAUGUUAUUGUUGUUUCAGAAUGAAUGUUGUAUGCCGCCAGAAAUUAUAAACCAUUUGAUUCUUGAUUUUCUCAAUACAUGCUAGAUUGAAGCCUGUUUGUCUGAAUAUUUUUGUUCUAACUUUCCCAAAGAGUUUCUGAUUCAGAAAAUGGAGACUUUAAAGAGUACAAAGAGCAUGCUGAUAAUUUCAUGAAGAUUACCAACCUUCUCCAAGACGAGAUUUAAACACCUUCUAGCUUCUUUAUAAGGUUUGGUCUCAAGUAAUGUUUAUUAUGUGUUUGAUGCAAUUCCUCACAUAGCUUGAAUAAGCCAAAAUUGAAUCUUUAGCUGAAACUUUAUGUUAGUUGUAAAUCGAUUUAAAUGCUUAAAUAAGUUUCCAAUUAUUAAUAAUAAAACAAAACUAUAAAGUUUGGUUCUGUUUGUGAUUCUCUAUUUUCUAAAUUAACAAAACCAAUCAGUGUAUUAUGUAUAGUUCUGGUUUGACUCUGAUUGUAUAGUUCUGUUGUUGUUUUUUUUUUCUUUUUUCAUGUGAAAAUAACAUUCAUGGAAGCAUCUAUCUCCUCUCGGUGGGCAUCCAUGACCAAAUCUGCAGAUGCUACUCAAACGCUGAACUUACAUUGAACUCACGCUGAAAUCACUGCACAUUCGUACAUAUACAUGCAUGUCGCAGAUAUACAGACUCUCCAAUGAGACUAGAGCUUAACAUUUCUAUAUCAGGAUCUGUGUAGAGCAUAUGACCCAAUUAGAUAUAAUAGAGAUUGAAAGAUUGAAAUUUACUUAACUAGCUGAAACUUGAUUCUUUUUUGGUUAAUUGUGGCUAAAUGCUUGGAUGAACUUUCUAAUUAUUAUCAUUUUUUGUCUGAAA